GGGGGUCUCCUCGGCGUGAGCCCUGAGCCCGGGGAUUGUAAACAUUGGGGGCUGUCAGCGGCCUCCCUCGGCUCUCCUCUGAGGCCGCCUCGCGCCGCUGCUCCCCCCGAAGCAGCACCCCACAGCUACAGAACCAGCCCCGCCGCGCCGCGCAGGGCCUCCUCUGCCCGCGUCCCUGCGGGGCUGCGCACCCACCAGCCAAGGCGCCAUGGCCGCGGCGCUGGGCUGUGGGCGCAGGGCGGGGCGGCGCGGAGGCUGUGCGGGCUCUGAGAACUGGAGCUAAGCUGGAGAAGGGAGGACAGGGGGUGCUGGGUCACGGUGACUGGGCAGUAGCCCAUUAAUCACCGGGCCUGCUCUUUGUGUGCCCGCAGCUGGGCUGGGCUGGCCUUGUCCGGAGCCGCACCUGGACAAGCUCAUAUAAAGGGGGGCUCCAUCUCGGGCCUCACAGCCGCUCUCGACCAUCGAGAUGAGGAGGCUGUUGCUGUGGGCUGGGCUGCUACUUCUGCUGAGCCCUGGCAAUGGUAAGGAAGCUGUGUUCCCCCUGUCCAGAGUCCAGGUGCUUACAUCUGAGAAGGGCAAUGCUACCUACAAAUUGGUGUGUUAUUACACUGAGUGGGCACGGGUUCGAGUUGGUCUGUCCUCAGUCUUGCCUAGUGACCUGGAUGCCACUCUCUGCACUCACAUGAUAUUAGCCUUUGCCUCCAUGGACAAUAAUCAGCUUGUUGGCAAGAAUCCCGAGGAUGAGGAGACUCUCUACCCAGAAUUCAACAAGCUCAAGGAGAAGAACAAGGAGCUGAAGACAUUGCUGUCCAUUGGGGGCUGGAACUUUGGCACAACCAGGUUCACCACGAUGUUGUCUGCACAGGACACCCGGGAAAUAUUCAUUGAUUCAGCUAUCAAGCUCCUAAGGAAAUAUGAUUUUGAUGGUUUGGACCUUACCUUCUUAUACCCUGGACUAAGAGGUAGCCCUGAGAGUGAUCGAGAGAACCUUUUGCUCUUGGUUGAGGAGCUCUUGGCAGCCUUUCAGAAGGAGUCACUGGUUAUCUCACGCCCAAGGCUGCUGCUUUCUGCUGCUGUCUCUGGAGACCCCAAAAUCAUUGAAAAAGCCUAUGAUGUGCCUAAUCUGGGAAGAUUCUUGGAUUUCAUCAGUGUCUUAUCUUAUGACUUACAUGGAAGCUGGGAAAAGGUAACAGGACACAAUAGCCCCCUCUUCUCUCUGCCUGGAGACACCAAAUCUACGGCAUUUUGUAUGGCUUACUGGAAGAGCCUUGGGGCCCCAGCAGAGAAGCUCAUCAUGGGGCUUCCAACCUACGGACGUAGCUUCCGCCUCCUUGAAGCCUCUGAGAAUGGGUUGCAGGCCAACGCUGUGGGCCCAGCAACUCCAGGGAAGUACACAAAGCAUCCUGGCUUCUUGGCUUAUUAUGAGAUUUGCCCCUUUCUCCGGAGAGCAACAAAGCGCUGGAUUGGUUUUCAGUAUGUUCCAUAUGCCUACAAGGGGAUGGAAUGGGUUGGCUACGAUAAUGCCAUCAGCUUCAGUUACAAGGCAUCAUUCAUCAAGAAAGGGCAUUUUGGAGGGGCCAUGGUGUGGACAUUGGACCUGGAUGACUUCAAGGGCACUUUCUGUGGUGCCGGCCAGUUCCCUCUUAUACACACGUUGAAUAGCAUCCUGUUGAAGCCCAAUAUCAAAGCAUCUCCUUCACCAAGAUCUCAGCUCUCAUCUUCUGUGAAUUAUUUAAGAGCUAGCCCUGGAAGGCAUAUGGUAACAGCUCAUUUAGGGAGUUUGAGUCCAAGAAAAGAGGCUCUGGCCACUAAGGCCCAUAGACAGAGUAAAGAUAUGACUUCCAUCUACAGAGGUCAAAGUGUGGCCCCUACUUCUUUUGAGAAGCAGUCUGUGGUUCUGAAUGAGAAGACUGAGAUGCCCACAGAGAUGAUGACCCUUGGAAAUGACCAGUCUCUGACCCCUGGAGGGAUAUCUAUGUCCUCUGUAGAACUUCCGACUUUGACUUUUGGUGGGACAACUAUGGCUUCCAGAGAAGAUCAGUCUGUGACCCCUGGAGAAACAUCUAUGUCUUCUGAUGAGCUUGAGACUAUGAUCCUUGGUGGGACAACUGUGAACUCAGUGAACCCUCGGUCUUUGAGCCCUAGAGAGAUGCCCAUGAGCUUCCCACCUCUUUGGAGUAAGAUUCCUAGGAACAUAUUGUCCCUGAGAAAUAAAACUGUAGCCUAUCCGAAGGUGACUCCCCACUCCAGAAAGAAGGCUGUCACCCAUAAUGAGCAGACAAAGACUCUAAGAAGAGAGGAUUUUGAGUACUAAACUGGACACUGAUUUUGAUGACUUACUUUGGCCCUCAGAUGGAAGCUGACAAUAGGAUGCUGCCCUCUGGCCCUGCCAUCCCAGGAUGCACUUCUGUGCUUUUGAUAACAAUGGAACUAAUUCCUCUGUCAACUUAAAGACCCAACAAACCCCUUCUCUCUGUGAAGAAAGAAAACAUAGGAACUCUGUUGUGGAUCAAGGGACCUAAACUCUGUUGGUGACAGAAGUUGGGGGGAAGCCCUUUCUUCAUGGUCCCCUAAAGCUGUCCAUGUCCAGUCACUUAUAAACUGUUCAUGGGACAAAAUAGGGCACAAAGCACAGUGAGUUCAUCUAUUUUCUGUUGAAUAAACUGGAUAUGCAAAAACUUC